UAUGGCUGCGCCCAUGUCCACAACAUUGACCGUGAAAAGUGGUUAACUUCAUUAUACCGUUCUGCAAUGCAAAUUCUUGGCAAAUAGUGUUAUCCUCCAAUUGUUAUGUAAAUUUGGGUUCAAAAAUGGCUAGAAACAUCUUAAGUCAAGCAAUAUCUUACCUUGAAAAACACUUGUUUUUAAAUACUUUGAAGAGGAAACGCGAACUCACUGCACAAAGAUGUUACACAAAACAGACCGAAAAUAUCAUGAAUGUAUUUGACAGAAAAGCCAAACGGCUACAAAGAGAUAGGUCUACAAUGAUGCCAAAUUUUGAGGAUUCUCAGUUCUUAAAAGAAGAGAUUGGGUACAGAACAUAUGAUAGACUUUUAGACAUAAAAAGAGAAUUUGACAUAGGAGUGGAUCUAGGUUCUGGACUUGGAUAUGUUUCCCGUCAUGUUUUAAAAGAUACCGUCAAAUUUCUAUAUCAGUGUGAACUCUCAGAAAAAUUACUGAGACAAGCACAGGUUUCACCAGAAGUUCCUACUCAAAAACUGAUAGUUGAUGAAGAAUUUCUCCCAUUUAAAGAGAAUUCUUUGGAUGUAAUUGUGAGCAGUUUAAGCUUACACUGGGUCAAUGAUUUACCAGGGUGUUUCAAGGCUGCUCAGAAGGCUUUAAAACCGGACUGUCCAUUUAUUGGGAGUAUGUUUGGUGGUGACACGCUGUUUGAACUCAGGGUUUCUCUGCAGUUAGCAGAACAGGAAAUACAGGGGGGGAUUAGUCCACACAUUUCACCUUUCACUGAUGUCCGUGAUCUAGGUAACCUAUUAAACAGAGCAGGAUUCACCAUGUUAACUAUUGAUAUUGAUGAAAUAAAAACAACUUAUGAGAACAUGUUGUCCUUAAUGCUGGAUUUGAAAGGCAUGGCAGAAAAUAACUGUGUCUGGGAAAGGAGGCCCAUGCUUUAUCGUAAAACAAUAGAAUUAGCUGAGAAAAAAUACAGAGAAAUGUACAGCUCAGAGGAGGGACUGGAGGCUACCUUUCAGAUUGUAAAUUUCAUUGGUUGGUCCCCGCAUCCUUCUCAGCCCAAACCAUUACAAAGGGGAUCAGCCCAGUUUUCUCUGAAGGAUAUUGAUAAAAUUGAUGAGUUAACCAAGGAAAUGGAAUCACAAACAGAGGAUCUGGAUACAGAAUUAAACCCAAAGAAAGACAAAUAACACAGUCAGGAUAAAUAACAAAGAUAAUGCAACCAGGACCAUUAACAAAGACAAAAAAAUGUCAACAACAAACA